AGGAAGGAAGGGAGGGAGAAAGAGAGAGACGGACGCGCUGCCCCAGUCGCUCCUCCCCUCCCCCCGCGCCAUCGGCCGGGAAGCGAACCCCGGACCCUGAGACGGAGAAAGAAGAGCAUCUAGCCUUUGACACUGUCUACCAAAGAAAUGGUGAUGGAGAAGCCAAGUCCGCUGCUUGUAGGGCGGGAGUUCGUGAGGCAGUACUAUACCCUGCUAAAUAAAGCCCCCGACUUCUUACACAGGUUUUAUGGCAGGAAUUCUUCCUACGUGCAUGGUGGACUGGAUGCCAGUGGCAAACCACAGGAAGCAGUGUAUGGCCAGGCUGACAUACACAAGAAGGUGAUGUCCCUGCAGUUUAGUGAAUGCCGCACUAAGAUCCGCCAUGUGGACGCUCAUGCAACUCUCAACGAUGGAGUAGUUGUGCAAGUCAUGGGGGAGUUGACAAAUAACGGGCAGCCAAUGAGGAAAUUCAUGCAGACCUUCGUACUGGCUCCAGAAGGGUCUGUUCCAAAUAAGUUUUAUGUACACAACGACAUAUUCCGUUAUGAAGAUGAAGUAUUUGGUGACUCUGAAGCUGAACUAGAUGAAGAGUCAGAAGAUGAAGUAGAAGAAGAGCAUGAAGAAAGGCAGCCAUCCCCUGAGCCUGCUCAGGAAAAUGCAAGCAGUACUUACUACGAUAAUCACCCUGUAACUAAUGGAAUAGAAGAGACGUUGGAAGAAUCUACUCACGAACCUGAGCCUGAGCUGGAAUCUGAAUCAAAAGCUGAAGAACUAAAACCUGAAGCGGGAAAAAAUAUUGAAGAGCUAGAAGAAAAGUCUCCAUCCCCACCUCCUGUAGAAACAGUUUCUCUACCACAAGAACCACCAAAGGCUUUCUCUUGGGCUUCAGUGACCAGUAAAAACCUGCCUCCUAGUGGUACUGUUUCUUCCUCUGGAAUUCCACCCCAUGUUAAAGCACCAGUCUCACAGCAAAGAGUAGACACAAAACCUGAAAUCCAGUCUCAACCUCCUCGUGUGCGUGAACAGCGUCCGCGGGAGCGGCCAGGCUUUCCCUCAAGGGGCCCCAGACCAGGUCGAGGAGAUAUGGAUCAAAACGAAUCAGACAAUCGACGAAUAAUUCGCUAUCCAGAUAGCCACCAGCUCUUCGUUGGCAAUUUACCACAUGAUAUUGAUGAGAAUGAACUGAAAGAGUUUUUCAUGAGCUUUGGGAAUGUUGUGGAACUUCGCAUCAAUACUAAAGGUGUUGGAGGAAAACUCCCAAACUUUGGCUUUGUGGUGUUUGAUGACUCUGAGCCAGUUCAGAAGAUUUUAUUGGCAAAACCUGUUAUGUUUCGUGGUGAAGUGCUGAACGUAGAAGAGAAAAAGACCAGAGCUGCUCGUGAAAGGGAGACCCGAGGUGGUGGCGAUGACCGCAGAGACAUCCGGCGCAACGACCGAGGUCCAGGGGGUCCACGUGGCAUUGUGGGUGGUGGAAUGAUGCGAGACCGCGAUGGAAGAGGGCCUCCUCUAAGGGGUGGCAUGGCCCACAAACUUGGCUCCGGAAGAGGAACUGGGCAGAUGGAAGGCCGGUUCACAGGUCAACGCGUUGAAGACCCAAAUGUUGGCAGGCAGUCUUGGCAGUGAUACAUUAUUCGUCCUGUUUGCAUUCUUGUUUAAUUUUCUGGCUUUGGAAUGUAACACAGCCUUUUUUGAUCAUUUCUUUGAUGUGAGAAACAUCCUUUGGUUACCAGUUAAAUUGAGGUGGACGUUCUUUCCCCAAUUCCACAAAGAAGUCACACUGUUUAACGUAUAACUUAGACUUGGAGAUUAAGGACUGAGAAAUGACCAUUUAAACUUUCUGCAGCAACAACUUUAAAAAAAAAAAAGGACAAGGGCGUGCCUAAUUUGAGUUAAGGUCCUUUCAGUAAAACAAAACAAAAAAAAGCACCCUUCUGCUACACAUUUUGUGUAAGUGUUACUGUUUCUGCCUAUUACUGUUGGAAACGCAAUUAGUGCAAUCUUUGCAAUUGGAGAAGCUUGCCCUUUUUUCCCUUUUAGAACACUUGGCUCAAACAACUCACGUUUUUAUGAACUCAAAAGCGCACUAAUGGGUGUUUGACUCCUUUUACGUUGACAUCUGCUGAAAGCAGCGAGGAAAAGGUAGCUUGUGAAAACGAUGCAGGCAUCUGCUCUGCUUGCUCUGACCAAUAUAUGUACACACACACAAACCUUAACGAGACUACAAGUAUGUUCCAGAAGGAAACCAUUUAGCUGUAAACACAAAUGUAAAAACUUCAAAAAUCAUAGUCGUGAAUACGAAACAAGUUGGGUUUUUCUUUUUCUUUUUUAAAGGAUCUAAUGAGCCUUUCUCCAAAACAGGGAUGGCUAACUGCUCAACACACUCCUCCUCCCUUUUCCCCUUUCUGUAAGCAGUGUACAGUGAAAAAUUGUCUCUACUGUAUUGAGGUCUCUGGUAAUGUAAUAAGCAUGAUGGUGCCUUUUAUUAAAUACAUCAUUCCAGUGUUGCUGGUGAUUUUGUACAGUAUAGUGGUAUGAAUGGCUGUGCUGCAAAACUUUUAACAGCUGUAAAAAAAAUGUUUAUAAAAUCAUUGUAUAAAAAAUUGCAGUAUCUUUAAAUCGGUAAAGGUUACUGGAAUAUUA